UGGAUUGGUCCAUGGUUUUAUCAGUUUCAAAAGGCACCAUGCAGCUGGAUUAUUGCAGAGGACUUCUCGGAUUACACUCAACUUUUUGUACCUCAGGGUAAUAUAUUUAUGAACCAUGAAUCAAUGAGGAAUCGUGAUCUGUGCAAUACUAUAACAUCAGUUUUCUCUUUAACGGGCCCUGGGCAGUUUACUGGCAAAGAUGUAACAGGUGACAAUUGGUCGGGCAAAAUGAAUGUAGUAGCAACGGACUAUAAAGGAUUUGCAAUUGAAUGGGGAUGCGCUAAAUGGUCGACGUUUGAUCAAACAUGUGCAGACCCAUGGCUGUAUGUAAAAACACGACAAAUGAAGCUUUUCAAGGGUAUUCUUGGUAGAAUAGAAUCUGCCCUUCAAAACAUAUUUGGAAUUUCACUCAACGAGCUUAUAAGAAUCCCCCAUGGGAGACCAUGUUCAAAUGGCAAAAAGCAAGGUUAGAGAAGAAAUUGUGCACGAACGUUUUACAAAAUUUAAAACAUACGAACGUGUUUUCUGAAAUGUAAAGAAAGAUAAUAAAAACGAGAAAGAUUA